UGGUGGGUGAUCUUGGUGGCUGGCUACUAAACUCAUUUUAUUUUUCAUUGUCAAGUGCAGUUCUCAGUGGCCAAUUACAGCGUUGAUAGCUGAUCUCUAAAAAGAAGUGUGGAUUGAUCCCAAAAAGUCAUGGGAACGGCGGUAAAAUAUGUCGCCGCACUUAACGUCGAUACCCGGCUGGUCAAGUGCUAUGUGUAUGCUCUCUUUCGGGAUUCGGCCCGGAUCGAAGUCGUGGGAUCGGCCUAUGAACAUAUAGAAUUCGUAUACCCAGCACCAGGGCAGAUUGAAAUCGAUCCUACCAAACUGUGGGAAAUCGUGGUUCACGUGGUGAAAACUUCUAUCGAAGAUGCAAACCUAACGGCUAAAGAGAUUGCAUUCCUAGCCUUGGUGACCCAUCGAGGAUCAUUCACCUGUUGGAACCGAUCCACGGGCAUGGUGUAUAACAAUUUCAUCACCACCCAGGACAUCCGGGCCGAUCAGCUGGUCAAGGACUGUAACGCAGGGCUGAUGUUCCAGGCAUUCAAGGCCAGUUCCGGGUUGCUGCACUACCUGACCCGAAGCCACCGGCAUCUGAGUCAGAGCGUUUUCGAGGUGACCAAUGCCCACGUGACCAUGCGACUGGCCUGGAUGCUGGAAAACUGCCCAGGAAUUCAGCAGGAUCUGAAACUGGGUAAUGUAAUGUACGGGACCAUCGAUGCCUGGUUGCUGUACCGAUUCCGGCAGGGCGGCGAUCCGCGAAAAGAUAUUGAAUUAGUGAGCGACGUCACCAAUUGUACCGCUUCCGGGUUCUACGAUCCUUUCACCCAGGAGUGGACCGAAUGGGCCACUAUGCUGUAUCCCAUUAAGCGUGACAUGCUUCCACAUGUGGUUGACAAUUCCUUCAGCUUCGGUUACAUCGAUCCUUCAAUUUUUGGAAGUGCUAUCAAAAUAGGCACAUCGAUUUCAGACACAUCAGCCGCUUUGCUGGGAACUUGCUGUUGGGAGAAAACGGAUUUGUACAUCAAAAUGGACACAUCGGCAGUCAUCAACGUAAUCACCGGGUCCGAGUGUCACGGAUCGGAUCAUGGUUUGACUCCGCUCAUCGGGUACAAAUUCGUCCAUCCCAUUUCCGACCACGAGGAACUGAUCUACGUUCUGGAGAAGACCUGCAGCGAUUGUACGGCUGUAAUCGAUUGGGCCAUCAAGAUAGGUCUGUUCAGCGAUCCUCAGGAUGGAUCUACGAUGGCAACUUCAGUAACCGAUUCCAAUGGCGUUUUCUAUAUCCCGGCAUUCAGUGUAUUCGGUGUGCGGGACAUCACUGCGGGUUCCAGCUUCAUAGGACUGAAAAAAUCUACCCGCAAAGAACACCUUGUCCGAGCGCUUCUAGAAAGUUUAGUUUAUCGGAUCGCCCUUCUCUAUGUGAGUGCCCACAAGGAAGCCGAGAGCCAGCAGCUGGAGGAAUUCAAACGGAUCAAGGUCGAUGGAACAAUGGCCCGCAAUGACUUCAUCUGUCAAACACUGGCAGAUCUGAUCGGUCUUCCGGUGGAGCGUGGCGAGGCUAUCGAUUCGGCGGCACUGGGUGCCGUUUUUAUGGCCGGCAUGAAUUUCUGCAUCUGGAAGGAUAAGCGGGAUGUGAAUCAGGUCCGAAAGAUAGAUAAGCUGUUCCUGCCCAAUCCCAACAAUAAGUUGAAGCUCUUGCGGAACAUGCGCUGCUGGGAGCAGCUGGUCGAAAAAUUCAAGGUUCAAUAAUUGAACAAUGAUCUUGAGAAAUCUAUCUUGGACAAU